UUGGGAAUUUUUUGUUUUCUUUUCUUUUCUUUUCUUGUGUGCACUAAAUAUCAUCAUAAUACAACAUCGCAGAGGCGCUAUCUCCUCUCCAGAACGCUCGUCUCUCUCUCUCUCUCUCUCUCUCUCUCUCUCUCGUAUGGCCAAACUCUGAGCUCGCUUACCACGAAAUUAAUACACAAUAAAGAAGAAGGUAGCUGUGCUGCAGGAUAGUAGGAGUUGGGGGAAGACAAUAUUCUCAAUGUACUUGAGGAGAAUACAGUGUAGGGACCGGAGAUGGGCUUUCGUAUUGCAGCCAUCAAAAUACUCUUUUAGUCCAAGAUUCUCAGAUCAUGCAAACUUGCAAUCUUUUUCCUCUAAGACCACUGUGAGAGCAUAUGCUUCUCAUGGUAGUUUCUUGAGAAGACAUCUUUUAGGUUCAGAUUCAUAUAGCUCUGCUUCAUAUAGAAAUAAUUGUAUUGGUCUGGACAAAAGGACUAGUUUAUGUAUAAGUACUCAGUUACGUGCAUAUAGUUCUGAAAGUGAUGGAAGAAAUGCAAGUGAGGAUAAACAUGUGCAUGUUAAAGAUGGAGCUAACAUUGAUAAAGGGAAAAAUCAGAAAGAGAAGUUUGACAAAGAUGUCAAGUAUUGCAAUGAGCAUGCACGACUUGGCGAGCAGGAUCAAGCGGAAUGGCUUCAUAAUGAGAAACUUGGAAUAGAAAGUAAGAAGAAAGAAUCACCAUUUUUGACAAGAAGGGAUAAGUUCAGAAAUGAGUUUCUAAGAAGAAUUGUUCCUUGGGAGAAAAUAAACAUUUCAUGGGACACAUUUCCUUAUCAUGUCAAUGAGCACACCAAGAAUCUACUGGUGGAAUGUACUGCUUCACAUUUGAGACAUAAUUCAUUCGCUUCAUCUUUUGGUGUUCGUCUCACAUCUUCAAGUGGGAGGAUAUUGCUUCAGAGUGUUCCUGGCACUGAACUCUAUCGUGAGAGGCUAGUUAAAGCUCUUGCACAUGAUUUACAAGUUCCAUUAUUAGUUCUUGAUAGUAGCAUCCUUGCUCCUUAUGACAUUGAUGAUGAAUUAUCAUCAGACUAUGAGUCUGAAGAUGAUAAUGCAGACUCCGGGGCAGAGGGCUCUUUGGAGUCAGAGAAUGAGGAUGAUAAUGAUGCUGGCAAUGAAGAAGAGUGGACUAGCAGUAAUGAAGUGAAGUCGGAUGCAAGUGAAAAUGAAAAUGAUAAUGAUGAUGCAAUUGCAUCGGCUGAGGCUGCUCUUAAGAAGGUUAAAGCAGCUGUUCAGAAACUUGUUCCUUACAACAUUGAAGAAUUUGAAAAGAUAUCAUCUGGAGAAUCUGAGAGUUCUGAGUCAUCUAGGUCUAAUGAAGCCAAUUCUUCUGAUAAAUCUGGGUGCCAGAUAAGAAAAGGUGACCGAGUGAAGUACAUUGGACCGUCUACUCGAGCUACAAUUGAUGAUAGGAUCAGAUUGGGGAAGAUACUGACAUCUGAUGGGUCAACUAGUGCUUAUACUGUUAUACAUGGCAGGCCUUUAACCACUGGUCAGAGAGGAGAGGUAUAUGAAGUAAGCGGAGAUCAAGUUGCUGUCAUAAUGGAUAUUAAUGAAGAUCGUGGCAAUGAGGGUGGGGCAGAGAAUCUUAGUAGUGACCAUCAUACAAAACCACCGAUUCGUUGGCUACAUGUUAAGGACAUUGAGAAUGAUCUUGAUGCUCAAGCACUAGAUUGCUAUAUAGCACUGGAGGCUUUAUGUGAGGUUUUGCAUUCGAAACAACCGCUCAUUGUCUACUUUCCAGAUGGUUCACAGUGGUUGCAUAAAUCAGUUCCUAAGUCAAACCGUAAUGAGUUUUUUCACAAGGUUGAAGAGCUGUUUGACCGGUUAUCUGGCCCCGUUGUGUUGAUCUGUGGGCAAAACAAAGUUCAAUCAGGAUCAAAGGAGAAAGAACAAUUUACAAUGAUACUUCCAAACUUUGGACGAGUUGCUAAGCUGCCUCUUUCUCUGAAGCGUUUGACUGAGGGAUUCAGAGGUGCAAAGAGAUCAGAAGAUGAUGAAAUUCACAAGCUUUUUUCUAAUGUUUUGUGCGUACACCCACCUAAGGAUGAAAAUGUGCUGGUAACAUUUAAGAAACAACUUGAAGAAGACAGGAAAAUUGUCGUUUCAAGAAGUAAUUUGAAUGAAUUAAGGAAGGUUCUCGAAGAACAUCAGCUGUCAUGUGUGGAUCUAUUGCAUGUAAACACUGAUGGUGUUAUUUUGACAAAGCAAAAAGCUGAAAAAGUUAUUGGGUGGUCGAAAAACCAUUACUUAUCAUCAUGUCUGCUCCCUUCUGUGAAAGGAGAACGGUUGUGCAUCCCUCGUGAAAGUCUUGAGAUUGCAAUCUCAAGGUUGAAGGGCCAGGAAAAUAUAUCACAGAAGCCUUCCCAAAACCUUAAGAACCUUGCAAAGGAUGAGUUUGAGAGCAAUUUCAUUUCAGCUGUGGUACCCCCUGGUGAAAUUGGGGUGAAGUUUGAUGAUAUAGGUGCUCUUGAAAACGUGAAGAAGGCACUUAAUGAACUUGUUAUUCUUCCGAUGAGAAGACCAGAACUCUUCUCUCGUGGUAACUUGUUGCGGCCUUGCAAAGGAAUAUUACUUUUUGGUCCUCCUGGAACUGGAAAAACACUUCUGGCCAAAGCACUUGCAACUGAAGCUGGUGCAAAUUUUAUUAGCAUAACUGGUUCAACUCUUACUUCAAAGUGGUUUGGAGAUGCAGAAAAACUAACAAAAGCUCUUUUCUCCUUUGCUAGCAAGCUUUCUCCUGUCAUUAUAUUUGUUGAUGAAGUUGACAGUUUGCUUGGUGCUCGUGGUGGUGCUUUUGAGCAUGAAGCCACUAGGAGGAUGAGGAAUGAGUUCAUGGCAGCUUGGGAUGGAUUGAGAUCAAAAGAAAAUCAAAGAAUCCUCAUUCUUGGUGCAACAAACCGGCCAUUUGACCUUGACGAUGCUGUCAUUCGUCGCUUACCAAGAAGGAUAUAUGUUGAUUUACCUGAUGCCGAAAAUCGAAUGAAGAUUUUGAGAAUAUUUCUUGCACAAGAGAAUUUGGAUCCUAAUUUUGAGUAUGACAAACUUGCUAACUUGACUGAAGGAUACUCUGGCAGUGAUUUGAAGAACCUUUGUGUUGCUGCGGCAUACAGACCUGUUCAAGAGCUCAUAGAGGAAGAAAACAUUGCACAGGGAGGGACUAAUAGUACAACUACAGUAUUAAGGCCUCUUAAUUUGGAUGAUUUUAUUCAGUCAAAAUCCAAGGUGGGUCCAUCGGUGGCAUACGAUGCAACAAGUAUGAAUGAGCUGAGGAAGUGGAAUGAAAUGUAUGGUGAAGGUGGUAGUAGGACUAAAGCGUCUUUCGGAUUUUGAAAAGAGCAUGGUUUCUAUGACUAAUUCAUGAGGCUCAUGUUCCAUAGCAACCUGAGAAUAUACCAAAGGUGGCAAAAAAGGAGUACUGAAUGCAGCAUACAUUGUACGUUAUAACUUAUUCAACGGCCUCUGCAUUCCAAAUAAUUCGGUACCCUCAUUUCAUAUAAUUUUUGAUACAAGAAGAGUUUUCCACCUGCACAAAUUACUGAUACAAUAUGAUUCCGUCUUGGAGGCUUUGUUUCGAGGUCGAACCCACCCAUAAUCUAUUUUGAGCCUUUGGAAGAGUUACUCAGAGUUUAAUGUAUGUAUUGAAAUUUAGGUAGUUUCUAAUCUGGUCUUAGGAGAUAUUCAAAUCAUAUGUAUGAUAGGGGAGAUUUUCCCAAUUAAUUUUUUGUUAUUUUCAUUGGCCGUGUUUAAUAAUUCAAUGUCAUUUUAAGUGUUGUAAUGGAAAUAAUUAUGAUUUCUAA